CGGAAGAGAAGAGAGAGAACGGCUCCCUUUGCAGGAUGGAUAGCUGAAUCAAUGCGAAGGGAAGUGGGGACGAAGUAGAGAAUGGUUAGGAGUGGUAAAACACCCGCGCUGGGACCACACCACAAACUCACGUUUCCUCCUUUCUCGUCCUUUUCCUUCUCGCUAGGGUUUUCUGCAGUAACGGCAGCAGCAGCGGCGGCGAAAAGAAGUGGGGAGGGGAGGGGGGAUCUGGGGAUUGAGCAGAGGAUAAAUACAGCCGCAGAAGGCAGCCUAAGGCUGUCUCCCUGGGAAAGUGGAGGCGCCCUUUGGGCUGGCGGGCAGUGAGAGCCCUCCCUCCCAGCCUCGACAGGGUGUUAGUCUCUGGCGGGCAAAAGUCCCAGCCUCCCAGCUCUGCUGAGCCACUCCAAAGCGCGCUACCUCCCGGCACCCGGGCUGGAGCACCCCGCGCCACAAGCUGGGGCUCCGAGCGCCCCCGGAGCCCAAGAGGGCAAGUGGAGGAUGCAGCCUCCUCCUCCUCCAGUGCCUGGUCCUUUGGCUUUACUGGACGCCGCAGGGCAGUUUGCGAGAAGAAAGCAGAUUUCUCUGUCAUUUGCUGUCUCUCUGCUGGUGGUAUCCAUCUUCAUACUGACCAUUGGCCUUGCAGCGACAACCAGAACUCAGAAUGUGACCGUGGGAGGCUACUAUCCAGGAAUUAUUCUUGGUUUUGGAUCCUUCUUGGGAAUUAUUGGCAUCAACUUGGUGGAAAACAGAAGACAAAUGUUGGUAGCAGCCAUAGUAUUUAUCAGCUUUGGUGUGGUGGCAGCAUUCUGCUGUGCAAUUGUCGAUGGAGUUUUUGCAGCCCGACACAUAGAGCCAAGGCCUCUCAACACUGGAAGGUGCCAGUUUUAUUCAAGUGGAGUAGGAUUCUUAUAUGACGUCUACCAGACCGAGGUCACCUGUCACUCCUUGACUAGCAAAUGCCAGCUAAAAGUGAAAAGUAAUACAUGUUAUUGCUGUGACUUAUACAACUGUGAGAACACAGAACACUCUACCAGUUACUAUGAAUUUAUUGGAGUCAGUGGCUGUCAGGAUGUGGUUCAUCUUUACCGUUUGCUGUGGACCUCAACAGUGCUGAACAUCAUUGGUUUGUUUCUGGGGAUUCUCACAGCAGCUGUCCUGGGGGCCUUUAAAGACAUGGUACCCCUAUCCCAAAUGGCCUACGGUUCUGCACCUCCUCCUCAAAUUCUCUACAAUCCAGCCCAGCAGAUCUUGACAUAUGCAGGAUUUUAUCCUUCUACAACACCACUACCUUCCUAUUCAUCCUACCCUUUACCUCUUCAGCCUGCCGGCAAUUUUCCAGCUUCGUCAUCCACAGAUAUCUCUUUAUCUGAUGACACGCAGCCUCCGUCUCAGUCCAGCUCCACCUAUGGGCUUCCUCCCAAUGCCCCACCACUCUAUACACCAACUUAUUUCCUCCCUGGGGAAAAGCCUCCACCAUAUGCACCAUGAAAGAGAAUAGGCUUUCUGUAGUCAUUGGCAGAUUUCAAAAGACACCUCCAGAAAGCCAGCUGCUUUGACUGCCUGCAGAUGAACCAAGAAACUCUUUCCAGUUCUACUCACUUUCUUCUUCCUUCACAUUCACUAAAAAUGGGCCAGUAAUCUGGGAGACCAGGCCAGAUAUCUGACCAAGAAGAGCCACUGCUAAGUUGUGGCUGGGAGUCAGUGUAGAAACCUUUCCUCCUUUCUUUCCCCUUUAUAACUCCGGGAGAAGGGGAGAAGUAAAGGGAAACAAUUACCAAGAACAUUGUUCUCGACAGAGGCAGCAUUUCAUAAUUUCAGACCCUCAUGGCUUCUUUUCUAUAAACCAGUAGUGUCUGAUGACCUUAGGAAUCUUCUUUUUUUUUUUCAACCCUUACCUUCCAUCUUGGAGUCAAUACUGUGUAUUGGCUCCAAGGCAGAAGAGUGGUAAGGGCUGGGCAAUGGGGGUCAAGUGACUUGCCCAGAGUCACACAACUCUUAGGAAUCUUCUCGUCUGGAUAGGGUUGUCUUUUCUGGUGUUUAUUUUCUCACAUUUAUGUAGAAAACAUGCUUUCUGUUUCAUUUCGGCAUUACAGCUUCAAAAAACAAAGCAUUGUUUUGGCCGUAGGGAAACAGAGUCUGGAGAAAAUCAGUGUCCUGAUUAAUUCACAAUAAAAUAUAUGAUAUGUUUAUGUACAUAUAUAUUAUAGAUCAUAUGUGUGUUCACAUGUCCCAAAGAAGAGACAUUGUUCCCUGUUGUUGCGGUGAUUUCUGGGUAGCUUUCGUUGUGAAGAAAAAGGAUAAUGUGUCAAGUAUCCAAUGCUGUAUUUAAAGGAUUGCUAGUUGUCUGAACUAUGUAUGUGUUAACUGUUAUUUCUUGAACAUGAAGCCUAUCAUAUUUCUAUUGUGAAAUUAUUUUCUAUGGGAGCUCAGGAUUUGAUCUUUCUAAUGUUUGAUCUCGAAUAGUAUUCUCAUGGUGUUUUCUGGAAAAUGCCUAGUUCACCAAUAAGCUGAGUCAACAAGUGUCAAAGUGCCUACCUUGCCAGGAAGAUGCUGUGGAUAGGAAUGAUUCUGGCUUGCUUUGGGUGGAUGGGAAGAGAGGAUUCUUUUUGUUCUCCAUCUACUCCAAUCUGUGACUCGAUUUCCUCAUCUAUACAAUAGAAGUCUUCGAUUAGAUGGUUUUUAAGGGCCCUUCCAGCACUAUACUUCUAUGAUUCAAUUAUGAUUCCUAGACCCAAAGAGCUGGCUCCAUUCCUACUCUUUAAAAAAAAAAAAUUCGUAUAUUUCAUGUUGCUCCUUUUGGAAAGCACAAUCUUUGGCUCCCUCUGCUGGCUUUAAUGCUACAGCUCUGUCUUAGAUGACCAGUCUAGGAACCGGAUUUGACCUUGACUGUUACAAAGGACACAUUUCUUCUGGGUAUCAACAGAAAGGAUCACUGGGAGGGGGAGAGGGGGGAGCGGUCUAAAUGGGAAAGCACUUACAUUCCAUUUGGAUCCUCCCAAACUCUGAUCUUGCCAGAUAAUAAUGGGACAAGAAUUUAAGGUCUCCCAAGGAAAGUGGGGUGAAGAAAACACAAAUCAAAUCACAGUAAACUGGGUCAGAGAGACUAGAAUGUGCCAUACAUAUGAAAGAUAUAUGGGUUAGCUAUGGGGGUUGGGGGCAGAAUGGGAAAGAUAACCCUGUGCCAAAGAAGAUUUUUAUCGGGAUCCACGAACUUGUAUUAGCUUUCCAGUAAGCAGCUAGUUUCAUCAGAAGAGUCAUCUCUGUGUUUACAUUCCUAUGUAUCCCAACUAUAAAAUGGUGACAAUCCAAUAUAUGGUCAUACUUGUGUCUUCCUUUCCCUUAACUCAUAUCUCUGUAUAAUAUCCCUCAUAAAAUUGAGGUUUAUAGUUCUUUUAGAAUAAUGUUGUCAAUUCAAAAUAGAAAUGGAUCCCCUCAGGCUACAUAUUGACUUAGAAGACCACAGAUUAGCAUUGUCUAUGUUGUAUAGUAUUUUUUCUUUAUUUCAUUCAAUAUUUCCCAAUUAUAUUUUCAUCUAGAUAGAGCUGCACCUUGGAGUUUUGCAGCUAGUGAGUUCAACACUCCUGACCUAUAGCAGCCUUGGUUAAAUUGGGUAUUUGGUGCUCUUAUUGUUAACAUAUGUACAAUUUCUUUUAAUUCACUGUGUGAAGAUCUGAAUUCUCAAAAAAAUAGCUGAGUUAUCUGCCAAUGGCUGAAGGAAAUUUUUGGAAUGGCUUAAAAUUUGCCUGAUUAUGGGCUAACAUGUUUCUGCUUAUGGGUUAUUUGGAGUUGAACAACUUUCCCUUGGAGAUAAAGUGCCUUCAGCCAAAGAAAUGACUCUAAUGGUGGGAAGGACAGUCUUCAUCAAAGGAUUGGGGGAGAUACUUUUAGGCAGGGAGCCCUGUAAGUCUGCAGUCAUUCAAAUUAUAUUGUAGAAUCUGACUGCUCAGUUACUUUGCCCAAGACAGCCUUGGUUUAAACACCUGGAUUUUCGCCCCUGCCCGUCUUUGAUUGUAAUAAUUCUAUACACUUUGGCCUAGUUCUCACCAAAGACACUCUGUUUUCCCAUGCUGUUUCUUCAUUUAUCAAUUAGAACCCAGAAGGCCAAAAAUUGUGUACAUGAUGUUAAACAAUGAAAAAUAAAAUAAAAAGUCAAACAAUG